CAUACUCGGUCUGAAAUAAUUUUCUAAGUUUAUUGUCGAGCCCCCGCGCUUCGGCGCUCGGACAUAAUACGCAAGGACAGCCAGGGAACUGUCGCUCCCUCUCCAGACUGUCACAUCAGGACCUGACCCCCUGCUGUGCAUGAUGGUCUAGCCUCUCCCACCAAAAUGAUGGCCUCCGUGGUUGCCAGUGGCAACAGGGGCAGGGCACAGAGACUAAGGGGAGUGGACCCUGAGACCUGUAUGAUAGUCUUCAAGAACCACUGGGCUCAGGUCCUGCGUGUUCUGGAGCGCUAUGACCCAGGCCGUGGUGGCGCGGGCAGCUCGGGUCCGAUCCCGGCGGACGAGGCCAGCGCGGUGCAGAACUACGCCGAACACAUGCUGGUGCUGCUGAUGGAGGAGCCGUCGGGAGACAGCGGGGCCAUGGGCCCCAUCCUGGAGUUCGUCAUCCUGGAGAACGUGAUGGAGCGGCUCUUCCUGUGGAGCCUGCGGCGGCAGUUCACCGACGACAUGAAGCUGGAGCAGCUCCGCAUGUACUCCAUGCUGAUUGGCCAGGCCCAGCAGCCGCUCCUCCACCACAAGCCCAUCCUGCGGCCGCUCAUGAUGCUGCUGUCGUCCUGCUCUGCCUCUGGCUCCACCGUGGGGCCCAACUCCUCUGUGAGGCCCUCAGCCGGCUCCUCCUCCUCCUCCGCCAUGGGGCCCAGCAUGGUGGAGGCCGAGCUAGUGGGGCUGCUGCACCAGCUGUGCUUCGCCGUAGCUCAGGACCCCUCCGUGCUUGAGCUCUUCUUCCACACAAGUGAGGACCAGGGAGCCGCCAACUUCCUGCUCUUCUCUCUCCUCAUCCCCUACACACACAGGGAAGGCCCUGUGGGAGAUAAAGCCAGAAAUGCUCUGCUGCUUAUUAUGUCUCUCUCCGCCCACAACUGCAGAGUGGCCAAUCAUAUUGCAGAACAAACCUACUUCUGUCCGGUUUUAGCCACAGGUCUGUCUGGACUCUAUUCUUCCCUUCCAGCCAGGUUGGAGGUAUACAGUGAGGACUGGCACAGUUUGCAGCCAGCGGAUUGGCUGCAGGUGCCAUCACUCAUCCACUUCCUUCACUCGUUGCAGUUCUGCAGCACAGUCAGCCAGGUAGCGCAUCCCUCCAUAAAGUCCCAGUUGUUGGGCUACAUCUAUAAUGGUUUCUUGGUGCCUGUUGUAGCCCCAGCUCUUCAUAAGCUCACUCUGGAGGAAGUGAUGACGUCGACGGCAUACCUGGAGCUCUUCCUGCGCAGCAUCUCGGACCCCGCCCUCCUCCACACCUUCCUGUCAUUCAUUCUGAUGCAUCGGCAUGACAACGUACACAUCCUGGAUACACUAGUCAGCCGGAUCAACACACCCUUCCAGUUGGGUACAGUGUCGCUGGCCCUCUUUCGCACUCUAAUUGGAUUACACUGUGAGGACGUCAUGCUGCAACUUAUUCUCAGAUUUUUGAUCCCCUGCACACACGUGUUGAGUGGAGUGAGAGAGAGGCUGAGAGAGAGGGAUUGCUACUCCUCUUCCGCUGCUGCUCUCCUCUCUCUCACUCCCUCCUUCCUACAUCAGAGCAGCACACAGCAGGACUGCAUCCUGUGGACAAAGGUCACAGAGGGCUUCCUAAAGGGAAAUAUGGGCCUAGACGACCUGCUGACGAGCAGCGCCACUGUGGGAUACUGGCGUUUCCUCGGGGGCGACUCCCUGACGGACAGCAACUACCUGCAGUACCUUAGAGAAGCCCACGAUGUGCCUUCGACUGACCUCGCCCCUGGGCCGAGGGACUACCGAAGGGAGGAGGAGGAGGAGCGCCAGCAGCAGGGGGAGCGCCAGAGGGGAGGAGCGGAGAGGGAGCGCGAGGAGGAGGACGGCGUGCUGCCCUUCAUCAGCUCCUCACAGGCGCUCUCGCCAGCGGCCACGGCCGUCUCCGUGUCCAUCUCCGCGUCCAUCUCCGCGCCACCCCCUGCGGCCGACACCAGCUCCGGCGGCCAGUCGGCGGAGCUGGAGUGGGAGUGGGACGACAUGUUCGAGUCGGGGAUGGAGUGCGUUGAGGCCGAGGCUGAGCAGCCGGCCGCCGCGAGGGCCGUGGAGCCGCCCCAGCACCUGGUGGAGAUGCGGCGGAGCGCCAUCUCCCUCGUCCAGGGCUCGUACGUGGAGGAGGCCGAGUUCCAGGACGACGUCCUGGUCUACAGUCUCAUCGCCCAGAGGGACUCGCGCGCGCGUGCACACACACCUGCGCACGCACACACACACGCCGCUCAGGUGAGCACAAACAACCAGACACACAACUCCAGCACGCACGCCACUGUGCAGAGUGCACGCAUUCGGCCGUGUAAGGCAGUGGCAUCUGCCCAGCAGGACUUAAGCACACACUCACUUUCUCCCACGGACACCCAGAAACACUGUGACGCACACUCACACACACACGCAGUCACUCAGAGCGCACAUAGUGGUGCACACACACUGUCCACUGUUCAGAGUGCCUGUACACACUCACACGCUCACACACACCAACAAACAGGAAGUGCGUUGACCAACGGGCUUGGCUCAGAAAUGGAUCACUCCGGUGACAACACCAAUGCACAGACCAGCACCAGCACUCAGGACUGUGUCCAAAAUGGACUGGACCACAAUUGCCGCCCGUCUCAGGACUACAACUCCAAGCAUCCACAGGACUUUGUUUCCCAGUGCCUGGAGCUCAUCCAGAGUCUAGGCUGGGAGGCGGAGAGCAUCAUGGGAGAUGAGGAGUUCCGAGAGCGCGUUCAGCGACUGUCCUUUGCCUUGCAGGAGGAGGCGGAGUUAAGCUUUGAGUAUGCAGAGCCACUGAAACUUACGAAAGCUGAAGAAGAUCGAACUAAAAACCAGAAACAGGGCCAAGACACACCCUUCACAGGGCCGUUUAUUAGUGUUCUGCUCUCUCGGCUGGAGAACCUUGUGGAGAAUUCGAUUGAGGUGAACCUGCUGGUGACGGGCAUCCUGGCCCAGCUGGCGGCGUUCCCCCAACCACUGCUCCGCUCCUUCCUGCUCUCCACCCAGCCAUUCUUCCAGCCUGGAGUCCGCACUCUCUACCAGGUGCUGGUGUCAGUGAGGGAUCAGCUGGAGCGCUAUGCUGAGAAGCAGACGGGCUUCGCUGAGCUGGUGCGGGAGGCGGGGCUCUACCUGCUGGCCAGAGAUCAGGCCCUGAGAGAGAGAGAGAGAGCAGGUGAGAAUGGGGAGAGCUGGUUUCCCAUUGGUCAAGUCCUGAGGCCCCUCCCACGGUGUCCCAAGAUCCCGCCAGCGUGGCGGAGUCGUGUCUACGCUGCCGUUCUGUUCGGCGAGUUCCUGAAAGAGCUGUCCGCUCUCGCCCAGGAGCACACCACCCUGCUGGACCCCAGUGAGGGAUAGACCCUCCUGACAGGACUACUGGACUUGUGCCAUCACUGUCCCGCACCAACUCCCUCCUCAGCCUGACCUCCACCCUCUUUACUGUUUGUGCAGCUCUCCCUCAACAUCCAGAAUACACACCAGGCUUGGCAUACUAUCACAUGUGAAUUAAAGCAUAAGACUUGUGGGAACAAUGUGCAUUUUUGCAUUUGGUAUAAAGUUAGCAGAUUGAUUUUUCCAAGAUCUUAAAUUAUUUUUAGUACCUUUGGGCCAGUCUUUUAAUCGAAGGCCCCAAGAUCUGUUCCAUUCUCCAGGUGUGUAACCUAACACGGUCAUAACACGGACGUGUUCCAGUGCCCAGCAGUUCUCUCUCCUGCCUUCGUGAUCUCUACCCAGCCUUCUCACUCACAGAAAACACAGUUGACUUCCCAGGCAUUAUGCAGUGUCCAUUUCGCCUUCUGAAUGCCUGUGUCCAAUUUAUCCAACCUUUAAAAUGUCUGCCCAAACUAGCCCUAAAAAUAUUUGUGCCACAUUUCUUUUCGUUCUCAACCCAAUUUAAAACAUGUCCAGAUGACCAUCCCUUUACAACCACUAACAUGUCCGCCCAAACUUGCCAAUGUAAGUGUUUUACCUGUAACAUAUCUGUUUUAACUUCAUCACAUCUGUCCUUCACAGUGAGAGGAGUCAUACAUGAUAUCACUUCACUGUUACACAUGUACUGUCUGUCUUUGUAACCUAUCUGCACAUAUCAUUUAUAUGUAACUGUAUUCUUGUUAUGGAGAUGUACUGUGUGAAUGAUUUGUGCAAUUCCCUAUGAGUUUAUAUUUGUAUGAUAUAUGUUUACAUUGCAGUACAAAAUGUCUCCAAUUAUGCAGUAAGAUGGCCUGUAUGACUGUGUGUGUGUAUCUGUUUGCAUGUGGGUGUGUGGGUGUCUGGAUGUGUGUGUGUGUGUGUGUGU